AAACUGGAAUCCACUGGAUCAAGGAAAAUCGACUCAAAUGGCGAGAAUUUUUAAUUGUUUCGGGUUUUCAUACAAUGCAGUAAGUUAAUAUCGGGAAUAGGCAAUAUUUGUAAGCAUCUUUAUUGGAUCCUCGGAUUUGGCAGCUUUCAUAGAUCCUAACGAUCUUCAUUCUCAGUCAGUUGCUGCGUCUGCUGUGUGACGUCUGUUCAUAUCUGCUGUUGCGGCUAUCACACGAAGAUUCUCACACGCUGUCAAAAAUUAAGACCCCGAAGGCUGGAUCAGAUCUGAAGUGGUUUUUUGGCGCUGUGGAUUUUUUUGUGUCUGGCCAACAUUCAGCUCAGUCUUGCGAAGGAGAAGACGUAAUUGGAUGCGGGAUUGGGGAUUCGUCUUCGUUUUAUCAUAUCUGGUGAAGAGGACAAUUCUUAACAUCGUAUUGAAAUGGCGCAUUUGACCGUGCAAGACCAGUUUUGGCGUAUCCCACCAGUUACCCGAACCUACACGACGGCGUGUGUUUUGACUACGAUAUUGGUGCACCUGGAAAUUCUUAGUCCCUUCCAGCUGUACUACAAUCCGAGUCUGAUCGUCUAUCGCGGCCAGAUAUGGAGACUGUUUUCCACAUUCCUCUUCUUCGGUUCGUUUGGCUUUAACUUCCUUUUCAACCUGAUUUUCACUUACCGAUACUGCCGCAUGCUGGAAGAGAAUCAUUUUCAUGGCAAAACCGCCGAUUUCAUUUUCAUGUUUCUGUUCGGGGGACUUUUAAUGGCGAUCACCGGAACUUUUGUCCAGAUUCUGUUUCUGGGACAAGCCUUUACGAUAAUGUUGGUUUAUGUAUGGGCGCGGAGAAAUCCUUUUGUGCGGAUGAAUUUCUUCGGAUUGAUGAACUUCCAGGCGCCUUAUUUACCUUGGGUUUUGUUGGGAUUUUCGUUACUGCUGGGAAAUUCGAUCGCCGUUGAUGUUAUGGGCAUCGCGGUGGGUCAUGUUUAUUACUACCUGGAAGAUGUUUUUCCUCGACAGCCAGGAGGAUUCAAAAUUUUACGAACACCCAGAAUAUUAAAAUGGAUAUUCGAGCGGCAACCAGUUGAUCCUGUUGUGAUACCACCCGAGGAACGACCUGGUGGUUUUGAUUGGGGCGAAGAUGUGCCGGCUAAUAAUGGACCAGACAACAACGCGCAAUAAGCCUUGCAGCCGAUAAUAUUCCUCGAUGAUAUUUGUUAAUUCUUUCUGUUGUUUUGUUCAAGUGGUUUUCGGACGUUAAAUGUCAUCGCGACAAAACAGCACUCGAAAUAAUUAAUGCUGGUAUUCCCUACUUGCGUCAUUUGUCAGAGUGCUGACGAAAUUGUGAUGUUAUGAACUGUUAGGACAAUGAUUUGUUAGAUUAUUGUCUGCCAAAGGCAAACUGUUACUGUCAUUUUGUUUCGUGUAUCUUGUCAAUUAACGAAACAGAACAGUGUGUAAAUUGCUGAAAAAAAUCACUGCUAAUAAAUUUCAAUUUCA